AUGUGCGUUGCGUCGCUUGUUCUAGCACUCGCUUCGACGCUGUCGUCGUCAAACCAUCGGCGGCCAGCGUACAGUGGCUGCCUCCAAUCCUGGGAGCAACCAGGGUGGUGUGCGAUCGAAGUGAUCGCGAUUGUCGGCCCGACACGAGUGCCAACGAUUCUGCAGGAUUGGCUCGAGGCCAUGGACCUCGACCAAGUAGACGCUCAGGUUCCGGCACGGCACGUAGACAAGAUGCAAGCCAUAUAUCGUACAGCGCUGUCUCGCUGUGAUCGGCGACGCUCAUAG